AUGCGACCACGCUUUUUGCAACUGUACAUAUAUGAUACUGAGCAUGAGUUGCAGGAUAGGAUGCUGGAGAACACACAACUACAUGAAACAUUGGUUUUCGAGUUACAACAAUUGCUACACCAGUAUAAUCCUUUUCUCCAUGUGUUUCACCAGCUUGCACAACGGUCAGAUGUAGCUGCUAUAAUUGUUGGUGAUGACGUUGAAACAAUGAUUCGUGGGCAAAUAUUAAGGUGUAAACUCAUGUUGGUAGCCUACGAAGGAUUCGGGAAUUCGUUGGCUAUUACGAUCCACUACAAUAUCCUCUUCUUUUUCCAUUUGAAACUCAUGGAUGGGAUAUUAAUACUCGAAGUCAAAGUGGCAGCAAAGUAUCAUGCCGAACAUAUAAGAGCUAUAUGGUCUAGAUGGGUUCAAACUAGACAGAAGAAAUUACGGGCUGAAUUAUACCAAGGCUUACAAGAUGCCUUGCACAUAGGAGAAACUAAUGCAGAAAAUGUUGGAAGAAAAAGAACAAUAUUACCAUCGUCGUUCAUUGGUAGCCAUCGCGACAUGACCCAACGAUAUGAAGAUGGAAUGGCGAUUGUUCUAAAAGAGGGCAAGCCAGAUAUUUUUCUCACAAUGACAUGCAAUCCAUCUUGGACUGAAAUAACUUCAGAACUAAACCCAGUUCAAACUCCACAAAAUCGUCUAGAUCUAAUAACAAAAAUUUUUCGAGCCAAAUUUAAACAGCUGAAAGAGGAUGUAAUUACUAAAGGUGUCUUGGAAAAGGUGAAGAGCUAUAUUUAUGUCACUAAGUUUCAAAAAAGAGGGCUGUCACAUGUACAUAUGUUGCUAAUCUUAGAAAAUAAUGACAAAUUAAUUGACUCGGAGUAUUGUGAUAGUUUGCGACGAUUCGACACACCAGUACCAAUUAACCAAAAUAUCACAGUUGACAAUAGAUGGGUAGUUCCGUACAAUCCUUGGCUACUACUAAAGUAUGAUUGCCAUAUUAAUGUUGAGAUAUGUAGUAUCAUCAAGAGUAUAAAGUAUCUCUACAAGUAUUGCUACAAGGGUCAAGAUCGGGUUGCAAUGGAAGUUCACAACGUGAAAAGGUUACAAAUUCAUUUGCCAAAUCAACAUCAAGUGAGCUUCUAUGAUUACCAAACCAUUCCUGAAAUACUUAAUGAUGAUUAUUUCUCUAGAAUAAUGCUCACUGAGUUCUUUGCCCUAAAUCGUGAGGAGAACCAACAAUCUAGAGAACCAAUCAGUUGGGAUGACUUGCUAACAGUGAAUGAGGUCCAAUAUUCGUCUUUCAAGCAAUAUGCUCAACACUAA